CCGCCUGGCUCAAAUUCCAGCCAAUGAGAGCGAAGCGCAGCAGAUUCGGAUCCGCAGCUGAAACACUUUUUGUUUGAGCUCUCGCCAUUGAAGAAACACAGCGAAACUGGACUAUUUACACCAAGUUUUCACUCCUAAACUAAGCGACUGAGUCAAACGAGGGGGUAUUCUGAUAGAAAAAAGAGUUAGUUUUCGUCGAUUCAGGAGUCCAGACAUGCCGAUACCGAGGGGAAGGAAGCCCACCGUGGCUGCUGGGAACAAGAUAACCAAACUACCAGCAACCACCAGCGAGAACCAGGAGGAUGGCGCCCAGGCAAAGAGGUCCUCGUCCCCCCCUCAAGGAGCCCCGAAAAAGAGGACCGCUUUCAUCGACAUCACGAAUGCUCACAAGGUUCAGAUCAGCCUCCCAGGGAGGAAAAAGAACGCGGCGAAGAAGCAGGCAAAGAAAACAAGCUCCGCCUCCGUCACCACAAAGAACCAAGCAAACCUCAAAAAGUCCUCGUCCGUGAGCUCGGAGGGGACGCCGGCGGAGAAAGAAAAGCCCGACGCGGAGGAGGAGAAGGGAGAGGAGGCUCUGAAGGAUGCUGCAGCUCCAGUUGAAGAGCUGGCGGCUGCUGCUGAUGCGCCCCCUGCUGUCCGGGAGGUGCCAGCACACCUUCAGAAACAACAUAUCCCGGCCGAGUUUGACAUCGACUCGGAGAACUCCGAGGACUGCAACCUGUGCCCCGAGUACGCCAAGGACAUCUUUGACUACCUCAAGCAGAGAGAGGAGAAGUUCGUCCUCUGUAACUACAUGCCCAAGCAGCCCAGCCUCAACCCGGAGAUGAGGGCCAUCCUGAUCGACUGGCUGGUGGAAGUGCAGGAGAACUUCGAGCUGUACCACGAGACCCUGUACCUGGCCGUGAUGAUGACAGACCACUACCUGUCCCAGACUCCGGUCCACAGGGAGCUGCUGCAGCUCGUCGGCUCCACCGCCAUGCUCAUCGCCUCCAAGUUCGAGGAGCGCAGUCCUCCGUGUGUCGACGACUUUCUCUACAUCUGCGACGACGCGUACAAGAGGGAGGAGCUUAUCUCCACGGAGGCCAACAUCCUGCAGACGCUCCGCUUCGACAUCAACAUCCCCAUCCCGUACCGCUUCCUCAGACGCUACGCCAAGUGUGUGAGCGCGGGCAUGGACACGCUGACUCUGGCGCGGUACUUCUGCGAGAUGAGUCUAAUGGACAUGGAGCUCGUGACGCAGAGGGGCUCUCUGCUGGCGUCCGCCUGCCUGCUGAUGGCGCUGGUCACCAAAGACCUGGGAGGAUGGAGUGCCAUCCUGCAGUUCCACUCCGGGUACCAGACGUCGGAUCUGGCGCCGGUUGUCAGAAAGCUCCAUGCGAUGCUGUCGGCGCCUCCUGACGACAAACUGAGAGCCAUCAGGAACAAAUACUCCCACAAGGUGUUCUUUGAAGUCGCCUCGCUGCCGCUGGUGGACAUGGACCUUCUGGAGACGACGUUAUCUCAAACAGAGUGAAACUAUCGAACGUUCCCGUCCCACCUUGUACAUAAUUUGUGAAUAUGUUUUAAUAUUUAUAAACACAGUGUAGUCCGUCUUUUUUAUAUAAUGUUGGAAAUAAAUCUGUUAUUCCCGGUUGUGUUGGAAAAAGAGUUUGAAUGGGCAUUGGUUGGUAGUCGUGUUUUAAUAAUAAUUAUGACUUCUUUAAGUUACCUGGCAUUUUAUUUUUUACAAGAUGAAAGAAAAAGAAAUCUUGCUUCCUGAGUGAUGUGUGCGCCUCCUCCUGUGUAAACGUUCAGACUGUGAGUUAGAGAGGUGAGUAAACACUCACCUUCACUGACUGAAGGGUCAGCAUGUUGAGUUUAUCUACAGAUGUUGUAAAAGUGUUUUAUCAUGUUUAUAUCACCAUGUGAGUUCAUCUCUGUGUAAAAAAACGACCGGAUGAUGCUGUGCUGUUUUUUAAUAGCUGUGAUGCAUUCUCUUAAAAUAAAGAUAUGUGUCUUUUAUCUGUUUGAUAUAAAACA